UGUGUCAGAGUCAGAUGUACAAUUUUUAUUGUUUCAUUUGAGAAUGUGAUUUGAAUUCAAGUGAAAAUGAGUAUGUCUCUCAGAAAAGUGCUAUUUCUCACCAAAUCACUGUGUAUUAGAAGCAGUCAGCUUCAUUCAAACAGUUUUUUUAGACAAAAUAUUUCCUUACUUUCUGUUAAUGCUUGCCGCUUCUACUCAGCAGAAAACACAGGCAAUAAAAAUAAAGAUGACAAACCUCCACAGAAAGUAGAGAUAUUGGGUAGAUUUUUUCCACAAGCCCCUCUUAGUACACCUGAUGCUCAAGAAAUUAAAAAGGAGCAGGAGAAGUUUGAGCAGGAGCAAAAAGAGAAGUCACAGGAAAAUGAAAAGAGUUGGAGGAGAAUGAAAAUCGGAUUUGCAGUAUUUGGUGGAGCAAUGGCUAUGUUUGGUGGGUGUAUGGUGGUGGAAAUGGGGGCUCCCCGCAAGGGAGAUGAUGGUCAGCCACUGGAGGAUGAGUUCUCACAAUUACCUAUUGUUCUGCAAUAUGUGAAACGAACAUGGAAGGAACUUACUUUUUAUGAAAAGAUGAUCAAAGAGCCUUCACGUGAGAAGCUGCUGCCUGACCCUCUGCCACCUCAGUAUCAGCCCACGUACACACUGGUCCUCGAAUUCACUGAUGUUCUGGUUCAUCCCGACUGGUCGUAUCAAACUGGGUGGAGAUUUAAGAAGAGGCCCGGUGUCGAUCAGUUCCUACAAACAGUUGCUAGUUCUGAUUACGAAGUGGUUAUAUUCACAUCGGAAAACGUUUUCAUGAUAUGGCCCGUCUUGGACAAACUUGAUCCAGAAAAUAAGUUGAUAUCGUACCGCCUGUUCAGGGAUUCCACUCACUUUAUUGACGGAGUCCAUGUCAAGAAUUUGGAGGGACUCAAUAGGGAUCUAUCAAAGGUUAUUGUAGUUGAUUGGAAUAAACAAGCCACCAAGUUCCAUCCUGAGAAUGCGUUAAUAUUGAAGAAAUGGAAGGGAGCUGACGACGAUACAUCGCUUUUGGACCUAGCUAAUUUAUUACAGGCAAUAGCAAUGUCCAACGUGUCAGAUGUGAGAGAAGUGUUGACAUACUACGGCCAGUUUGAAGACCCAAUAGCGGCGUUCCGCGAGAACCAGCGGAAGCUCAUGGAGCAGAUGCAGCAGCAGCCCACACCGGAGCCCACCAGGUCCUGGCUCCACACCUUCACGAGACGCUAAG